AUGCCGGUAGAUAAAAUUCUUUAUGAACGAAAUCAUAUUAUUAUUAAAGAACGAUCUUCACAAAGUCAAACUCAAGAGACACCACUUGAUGAAAUUACCGGAACGAUGACGAUUGUUGAAAAUGAACGAGGAAGAUUUUUUCGUUUUGUCCCGUUAGGUCUGGAAGACGUUAUGACGGAUGAUUGGGCGUUGAUUAAUGGUGGUCAUUCAGUCGUUUGUCAGAAAAAUGACGGAGAUUCGGUCGCCCAGUCAUCGAGUCCAUUAUUAAAAUAUCGUUUCCAUUUCAAUCUAAAUGAUCUACGGAGUGUUCGUCGACAUCACAUGUUACGUGGAAUUGCACACAUGGUAUUCAUACUGAAAGACGGGACGACAUUACCAGCUUUUUACUUUAAUCUCGGAGGAAGUAAAGAACUCUUACAAAAACUAGCACAAUAUCUACGGCUUGAAAAGUCGACGCAAGAUUCUCGCUUAUAUAUUGUGAAGGAUGAUCUUCCACGAGACCGUCGACCACAAUCGACUAGUGUCUUUGAUCAAAUGAAUUUAUUUGAUAAUUCCAGUGACACUAUGAGACGAAUCAGAGGAAGUGAUCCACGACGGUCAGCAGUCGAACGUUUCUCUAAGGUGACACACUUUCUUAAAGACGCAUUUCUUGGUCAAGACGACAUCAUAUCAAGCAAUGACGUCGAUACUGAAGGAUUGUUUGGACCCGAUUUAACCGCUCUAUUAGAUUCAAUGAAUGGUGAUUUACGAGAAACGAAUAAUGAUGGCUUUGAAGUUAUUUAUAAAGUGGAUUUCAAGAAGCCACCUGAAGUCGCCCGUGGUCAGCCCGUAACAAGUAAAGAAUGGCAAAUGGCCUUCGAUAAAGACGGUCGCAUCAUAGAUGUUGAGAAAAUGAAAGAACGAAUCUUUCGCGGAGGAUUAGAAUCGAAUUCUUUAAGACGUGAAGCAUGGAAAUUUCUAUUGAACUAUUAUUCGUGGACGUCGACACGUGAAGAACGUACUCAGACUGCUAAACAACGGAAAUCCGAAUAUCAUUCCAUGAAAGUUCAAUGGAAAUCCAUGAACGAUCAGCAAAAACAAAGAAAUGCAUCAUUUCGAGAUCGAGAGUCGCUUAUCGACAAAGAUGUUGCACGAACUGAUCGAACCCAUGAAUUUUAUCAAGAGGAUAAUAAUAUACAUCUUGUUAUGCUUCAUGAUGUCUUGAUGACUUACAAUAUGUUCAAUUUCGAUCUUGGUUAUGUUCAAGGUAUGAACGAUCUCUUGAGUCCAAUUCUAAUUGUUAUGGAAGAUGAAGUUGAUGCAUUUUGGUGUUUUGUGGGAUUGAUGUCUCGAAUGGAACAAAAUUUUUACCUCGAUCAAGCGCAUAUCAAACGGCAACUCGGCAAUCUUCAUACAAUCCUUCAGUUCAUCGAUGCUGAACUUGCAAAUUACUUAACUGAGAACAAUUCCAGUAAUAUGUACUUCUUCUUUCGUUGGAUGUUGAUUUGUUUCAAACGCGAAUUCUCAUUCGAUGAUGUAAUGCAUUUAUGGGAGGUCUUAUGGACGGAUCAUCUAUGUAAAAAUUUUGAAUUACUUGUCUGCUUAGCAAUUUUAAUGUCGCAAAAAACAGUGAUUAUGGAAUCGAAAUUUGGUUGCAAUGAAAUUCUUAAACAUUUCAAUGAACUCGCAUUCAAAGUUCCAUUGAAACCCAUGUUGAAACAAGCUGAGAGUUACCAUCUUCUUCUAAAGCAAUGCCGUCGAAAACAAGCGAACUUUCCACCACCGAUAUCAGCUUCGCUACCUGUACCUAAAAAGGAAUUAAAUUUGUUUUUCAAUGAUUUAUCGUGUAAUCUCGAUUUGGACACGUGUCUUUUAUCAGCCGAAAAGCUUUACAUCCAAUUAGCUACUCAUCGUGAUAUACCGACUGCAAUCGCUAAGAUUCUCGGUCUUCCGACUGGUCCUAAUCAGCAACUUCCAAUAGCAACAGAUGGUAUUACAUAUCCUCGAAAGGUGUACACACAACAGCCACGUGGUACCAUGAAUUUGGAUAAUUCGUAUUUCCGUCAAGACUCUGAGCCAUCGUUGAUUCCAAGUCAACAAGAAACAACGGCAUCGACAGCACUUGAUGAUCUAUUGACAAUGACGCCAUUGAUGGAAUUAUAA